AUUCCGUACUUUUGUUUACUUUUUUUUUGAAUCCGAAAUUUGGAUGAAUAUUCUUGUUGAUUUGUAAUUUAUCUUGAAAAUGGGUGAUUUAAUAAAGAACUUUGAGAUCUUCAAAAAACUUAAUUUUGAUUCAACAAACCAAUGGAUGUUCUACGAUGAACGAUUUCAAGCAUUCUUUUCACAUUUUGCUGAAAAUAUUACAGAUGAAAAUAUUCUAACCGAACAUGAAGUUCUUGAACACAAUGAAAUGCAACAAAGAAAUGAAAUUCUUCCACCUCUCGAACGAAAAACACAACUCGAUCAUUUGCAAGAAGAAUAUCCCGGAUUGUUGGAGUUGAAAGAUUCUUGCAUUCAAAAAAUUACAAAUGAAAUUGAAGGUCUUGAAGAAACUGAAGCAUUAUAUUCGGAUUUAACUUAUGCUAUGGGAAACACCAAAUCGAAUAUAAUAAUGGAAGUUACCGAACUUGAAGGUAGACUAAACGAUAUGAUGAGCAGUGAAAAGACAUUGCACUCGGAGUUAAUUGAGCUUUGUGAAGAACUCCAGGAAUUACAAAAGGAAACAAGAGCUUUAUGUGAUGAGUCAAAAUCUUGUUAUAGAAAAUUGCAAAGUCCUCCUUUAUUCAUUCAUCAAUUGCCACUGGAUAAAUAUUUCAUAAAAUGUGAUUCAUUUUUGCAAUAUCUUAAUCUGUAUAUAAAAGAAAACUUCAAGAUUCAGGAUUUCGUAGAACUGGAAGAAAAUCAUCAAGAAAUCCAAGAAAUAUCUUCUCAGCUAGAAACCAUUCGCAAGUUAAAUCUGAGUUUUAUGGAGAAAUUUAUUAAAGACAAAGCUAAAUCGAGGGCCACCCAAUCGAUGAUUGAUAAUCUUGACAUCAGUAAAAUGCACAUUGUCAGUAUUUCGGAUAUGAAAAAAGAAACUCGAGAAUUAGAAAUGAUAAACAGUCAUCACUUCAAUUGCACUAACAAAACUAUUUUAAAUGAUUUACAAAUGCAUUUGGAACAACGUUCUCAGCAACAAAUGGAACUUAUUCUUUAUGAAAAUACAAAAGAAAAACUCAACCGAGCCUACAAGAGGCUUGAAAAUGUUAAAAUGCUUACAAAAACUGUAUCCGAUGCACUUACGAAUGCCGAACUCAUAUGGAUAACUACACAAUUAGAUUUGGAGAAAAUUCGAAAUCGAUUUAGUAAUUCAGAUGAAUUGAAUAUGCAAGCUCAACUUUGUUUGCGGCGCAUUGAUGCAAUGAAAAAUUUACAAAAGCUUCCAUCAAAUACAAUGAGUGAAAUCGUUUUCACAAAAAUUGCAGAGAUUCUUUCGAAGCAUUCAACGGUGAAGGUGCGCAAUGAACCUAAAGCUUGCUUGUAUGAAUAUGAGAAGUUUGGAAGGCUUUUGAAAUAUGCUUUGAAUGCAUUGAUAAAUAAGAAACCAUAUACGUCUGUUUUGGAUUUAAUCAAUGAACUCAAUCGAAUUGAGAAUAUCCUGAAGCCUUAUGUGUAUGAUAGUCCUGUUAAAUUACCCAUGUUCGAACAGAUCAACUUACUCAAACCAAUUUUUAAUGCAAAAAUGAAUAAGAAUCAUUUUGAAAUGGAUUUUCGUCAUUUGCGAACUCAAUUCCAGGAGAAUAUUCAUGAAAAAAUGAACAAUGAUGCCUUAUGGCACAAUGGUCAGUUGCUUUGGAUUUGGUUUCUAACUGAACCAAAAAAAUUACUAGAUGCCGUUGCUGAGGUUCGCAAAGCAGCUUCCAAAGUACCAGUAAUGACAGGAGUCAAAUCACUUGGGGGUAUUAAGAGAAAAGGAGGAGAAACAAGUAUACCUUGAAAUGUUUUUGUAAUAUGUAUUUAUUUUUUCCUGUUCAAAUAAAAGUUUAUUUAAUGAAAAAAACUGGAACUUAACAUUUUUGGAAUGAUUUUCUUUGUUCCAACAAUUUUAAAUUUCAAAAGCCUUCCACCGAC